AUUUCAUUAGAAAAUAUACUACAUAGUUUCACCCGUUUAUCACCCGACCCACCCGUUUCACCCGGUGGGUGACGGAUGGAUGGAUGUGGGUGGAGCGGAUGGAUGCGGGUGAUGCUCCACCCACCCCGAAUCCCAUCCUGAUAAAAGGAUUUUGCAAUAUAUGUAUAUAUAUAAUGAGUUUCAAUAAUUCUAAUUUCCAAAUAGAACAAGUUAGAUAGAUUAGAGAUUAUGUAAAUGAUAUUAAGUCCAAUUUAGCACAUCAUCAUCAAUAGUAAUAUAUCAUUAAACUUUCAAAUCUUAAAGUCUAGUUAAGAAUCACCUUUUGUUUCUUUUAUAGUAGUAUUUUUUUUUGAAGGAAUCUCAUAUCUACUUUCUGCAUAAACAUAUAAACUGUUUAUCAUUCAUCCAUAACAAUAAUCAAAUCUAAGCAAAACUUAAUCUCAAAAUUAUCAAUAUAAAAUUCCACAUAAAGUUUGACAUCUUGUUUCUAGAAAAGACUAUAUAGUAUACUACUAAUAUUAACAGUACACUUGAAUGAUACAGAAAAUAUAAUAAACCCCCAAUUUUUGUUCUCCAAAUGUCCACUGCAAAAUCGCCUUUCCCUCCAAAUCAAUUUUCACUUCUUCCCACCAAAAAUUUCGAAUUUGCUUCGUUUACUUCCAAGAACCCUCAAUUCCCAAAUCAAUUUCAAUUUCUUGGCGAUAAUUUUUGAUUUCUUGCGAAACUAAGUUUCCGUUCAUAUGCAACUGAAGGUGCCAUCAGCCAUGGAUGGAAAUAUGAUUGCAGUCAUAGAUGGAAAGAAUGCACUUGUUGAAAGUGAUAUUAAUAGGAACAAGAAGAGGUCACCGGCGUGGGAUCAUUUCGAGAAGUUACCGACUUUAAGCAAGAAUGAAGGGAAAGCGAAAUGUAUACACUGUGAUUCUGUUUUCAGUGCUACCCCUAGGAGUGGAACGUCUCAUUUAAAGCGUCAUAUGGAAAGGUGUGUCAAGCGUACGGCACUCGAUAUUCAACCAAUUUCGAUGGAUUUUGGGUUCAAUGACUUUGAAGGCAGUGGACCGAGUAUUAAGCUUGGGAAGAGGGUCUCGAAGGUUUGGCAUGAGUACGAGUUGUUUCCAGCUCCUAAUAUGAAUGAUGCUAAAGCCAAGUGCAAGCAUUGUAAGCUGGUUCUCUCUGCAGCUUCCAAAAAUGGGACGUCUCAUCUAAAGCGUCAUUUAGACAAGUGUUCAAAGCGUGUGACUCUGACUGGUAAUAUAGACCAAUACUUUCUUUGUAAUGAGAAGUUAGUUGAAGGAAAUGAUUUUAAUAAGUUGCCAAAAGAUGGUUCUGCAACUAGUAGUUUGAAGCCCCUUUCAACAAUUGGUGGGAAUUUGGCUGAAGGAAGCAAAUUGAUGGAAAAUGGCCAGGUUGACCAGGAUGAGCUUCAAAGAUAUAUAUCAAUCUGUAUUAUAAAAGGAGCUCAUCCAUUUAGCUUUGUGGAAGAGAGAGGGUUUAGGUCUAUGAUGUCCAAAGCAUAUCCACAAUUCAAACCAUUUAGUCGAGCGAUUGUCAGAAAGGAACUGUUUUCUAUGUAUUUGAAAGAGAGAGACAACAUAAAAGAGAUUUUAGCCAAGGCUCCGGGCCGCAUAUGUUUGACGGUUGGUAAUUGGAGAGCAAGAGACACAAAAGAUGAGUAUAUUUGUGUCACUACACAAUUCAUUGAUGAGCACUGGAGGUUGCUGAGGAGGGUUUUGUGUUUUAAAUCCUUAGCACCCCCAUAUGAUGGAACUUAUAUUGCAGAUGAAUUGGCAUGUUUAUCAUCGCAGUACAAUAUUGAAUGUAAAACCUUCACCAUCACAGUGGAUGAAGCUUCUUACGACAAGUCAACAGUGUCUUCUAUUAAAAGAGGCCUUCUCACAAAGAAGGCUUCGGUUAGUGGUGGUUCUUUUUUUCAAGUGAAUUGCUAUGCUCAUAUACUAAAUUUUCUUGCACAAUCUUCCUUGAAGUUGGUUGAUGACAUUGUUGAUAGAAUCCGCGAGUUGGUGAAGUAUGUCAACAAGUCGCCACUUCAAAGAAAGAAGUUCUUUGAUCUUGCUGAGAGGACGUUUGAAUUGCAAGCAAGGAAAAGGCUGAGCCUUGAUGUCAUGCUUAGAUGGAAUUCCACAUAUAAACUAAUUGAUCGCACUAUUUACUAUAAGAGUGUGUUCAAGCAUCUUUUAGAGUCAAAACAAGAACUAAGCAGUUUGGCACUUUCCAAAGAAGAGUGGCAGAAGUUGAGCAUCAUUCACAAGUUCCUAAGGGUUCUUUAUGAUGUAACUCACUUGCUUUCAGCCACCAAUGGCCCAACAGCAAAUUUAUUUCUAAAGGGGAUGUUGAUGGUUCAUUGCCGCAUGAUGGAAAUAGCAAAAGGUCCAAACUUGUUCUUGGCUCAUGCUGUUCAAGCCAUGCAAGUAAAAUUCAAUGAUUUCUGGUGUGAGAAUAACUUGAUAUUAUCUUGUGCUGCAAUCUUGGAUCCACGGUACAAGGUAAAAUUUGUGGAAUAUUGCUAUAUGAAACUCUUCGGUCCGGCUAAUUUUGAGGAUCGUGUUAGUAAAGUUGUAAAUACUCUUUAUUGUUUGUUUGCUGAGUAUAAGCGACAAUCACUACACUUUUCCUCUCCAGCCGUGGGAUCUUCUAGUGUUAAUACAAACUUUGUUGGUGGUGAUGAUGAGGGUGACAUGUUUGGAGACUAUGAUCAAUUUCUGAGCUCAACAUCAAGAUCACAAGGGAACAAGUCAGAAUUGGAUCUCUACUUAGAAGAGCUGAGUUAUGAUUUAAAUUCUGAAUUAGAUGUGUUAGAGUUCUGGAGUAGAAGUUCGAUGAGGUAUCCUACUCUCUCGUUCAUGGCACGUGACAUCCUAUCUAUACCAGUGUUCACAGUUAAUUCCAAAGAGGCAUUUAGCUUUGGGAACAAAACUCUGUCUUCUGUUCAAAGCUCUAUUAUGCCCGAGACACUUCAAGCUUUAUUGUGUCUUCAAGAUUGGUUAGGUGCAGAAGAUAACUCAGAUGACCAAACUGUUACAGCUGAGGAUCCCAGUGGGUCCAGUGAAGAUGCUGAAUACGACAAUGAUGAUGAUGAUAGUGUACUUACCGAUUCUUUUUAGAAAAAAUGCUAAAUGAAGAACUUGUUCUCCGCCCAGUGGAGAGGAGAAAUUUGUGUGGGGACCAAACCAAGUGGAUUACUGAAAUGUGCCCCCUCGCUUGUUCAGUGGAGAAUUUUUUCAAAUAGCCCGACUCAUUCAGAUCUUACACUUAUGAUACCGUAUACCAACUUUGGAGCACUCUUUAACCUGCUCAAGGCCAAAAUACCUGCUUAUGUUCCUAUUCACUACUCAGUACAGUGUAUGAUCCUGGACAGUGACCAAAAAGGGAUGAAUAUAUAUAUGCAAAUGCAACCCUGAUAUCUUAAUUUCUGCGCAUACUGGAUUCUGGUCUUAGUCCUUGUGAACCAGCAUGCAGUAAAUAAAAGGGAGGUUGCAUCAUGCAUGUU